ACUGGAUGAUGACGCAAUCAGUUCCGGCGCCCUCUGAGGGCGGGGUUGCUGGAAGGAGAUGGAAAUUUAGUUAUUAGUGUGGCAGGGUCAUGAAAAAGCGGCGGCGACGGGAGAGAGGAGGAAGAGGCGGCGGGGGUGUGAAACUGCGGUAGCUGCUGGCUGGACUGGUGGUGUGGCUUUUGGGGAAGGCGUAGUUCCUAACCCCCUUUCCGGGCAGCAGCCGGGGCUCGGGGCUGAGAGCGGCCGUGGGGCCGCCUCCCCGGGCCCCCUGGCUCCGCCAUGUUCCGCAGGGCACGCCUUAGCGUGAAGCCGAAUGUCAGGUCUGGUACUGGCGCCAGGGGCUCCACCGCCCCCAGUCUGCAGCGUGGACAGGAGUCUCCCAGGCUUCCGGAGCCUGCGGCUGACUCUGCUUCGAAACUAGCAGAGCCUACAGAUGUACCCGUGGUAGAUUUCGGGCGAGCAGAGCCCCAAGAAAAGGCUCCUAGGAGCAGUGAUGCAAAGACUGGUGAUGAGAAAGAUGUUGAAGAAUCUAGUAAAUCUUCCUUUCCUGUUUCCCAGAGAAGAAAGCGACUAUCAAGUACUUCUAGUCUGGUUAAACCUAGUGUUAGUGUUCCUGCAGAAUCUCAUCCCUCAUCCACAGUUAACCAAGAAACUCCACAGCCAAACCCUAUUCCAGCAAAAGAGAAACAACCAUGCUCAGAUAGAUACCGAAUAUAUAAAGCCCAGAAACUAAGGGAAAUGUUAAGAGAAGAAUUGAGAAAAGAGAAGAAACAAUGGAAAAACAAAUAUGCUAUAAAUGAAAGUCAGGGGCCACCAGAUCGUUCAAAAAUGACUAUGAGAGACUUCAUAUAUUAUCUGCCAGAUAACAAUCCAAUGAGUUCUUCACUGGAACAAGAAAAGAAAACAGAAAAAUUAUUGACUGCAGUCCAGACGAGAGAGCAAGAAGGUAAGAGUACUCCUGAUGCUGUAGAUAAUGAAGCAUUGGAAGAAGAGACAGAUGAUGGGCCAUUGCUGGUUCCUCGAGUAAAAGUGGCAGAAGAUGGUUCCAUUAUUUUGGAUGAAGAAAGUUUAACUGUAGAAGUUUUAAGGACAAAAGGCCCUUGUGUUGUUGAAGAAAAUGACCCCAUAUUUGAGCGUGGUUCUACAACUACAUAUUCCAGCUUUAGGAAAAACUAUUACUCUAAACCAUGGUCAAAUAAAGAAACAGAUAUGUUUUUUUUAGCCAUCAGCAUGGUUGGAACUGACUUUUCCAUGAUUGGGCAGCUUUUUCCUCACAGAGCAAGGAUAGAAAUUAAGAAUAAAUUUAAACGUGAAGAGAAAACAAAUGGAUGGAGAAUAGACAAAGCAUUCCAGGAAAAGCGUCCUUUUGACUUCGAUUUUUUUGCUCAUUUGCUUCAGAAAGUUCUUGCUGAAGAAGAGAAAAGAAAACAAAAGUCUGUUAAAAAUCACAGUUUAAAGGAGAAGAAAUCCUCCAAAUCACGGAAAAAUGUAAAAGUGAAAAAAGUUGCCUGUGAAGAAGUUAAUAAUGAUCCAGAUGCUUCUGUGAGUACUAAUAUUUCAGACACAGAAAGAUCUCCAAAGGAUGUUCAGACAGUUGAAGAAGAUUCUUUGACUUUAUCAAGGCAAGAUUCAGAGCAGGUUGCUUUAGAACAAGAUCUAAAUCAAAAGGAAAGGAAAAGGAAGAAUCAAGAAGCAGCUAAUGAGUCAGAAGUAAACAGUCUUGUAGGGAAUGACACUGUUCGGUCAAGCCCUUCUAAAGGAGAAAAACAUAAGAAUAAAUGUCAGUCUUUAAGGCCUGAGGUAAAUGAAGAUGAAUACAAUAAGGAACAGCUUCCCUGUUUGCAAAACAUAGAUGACAUUGUGGAUUUAGCCACCAGUGAAAAAGUUGAGAAAAUAACUGACCCCAUCCUUUCAUCAAGUAAUCAACAAGAUGCCAUGUUAGUAGCAACUGAGUCUUCAGAAUUAGGCACUUCAGAUUUGCCUUCAUUAGCAGUUGGAAUUAGAACUUUGUGUGAAGAGAAUAAUGCUGACAGUAGUUGUACACAAGAAAGAAAUGUUGAUGUAAAGAAUAAAUCACUGGAAACUGAUCAAAUGGAAAAUGUUAAGCCAGUGUUGAGAGGUCGACUCCAGAGACCUAAACCAAAUUUAUCAAGGGCAGUUGGGAAGAAAUCAGUUCUUUCACAAGGCAAAACAGAUGCAGAGAGCAAGAAUUCACAUUCUGAAACUUCAGUUGAUAAGAAUCCCAUGGAAAAGGAUAAAAUGAAUAUACUUGACAUUUCUGGAAUGGAGAAUGCAGAGAGAGAGAACCCAGAAGCUAAGACUGUAUUUAAUCUUAGUGAAAAAAAAUGUCUACAGGAAGAUGAUCAAGCAAAGGCUCUCAGAUCUGCACGAGUAACGAGGGGCCGAUUGCAAAGGCCAAAGCCAAAUGUAGGUAAAGCUGCUGAAAGAAAAGAAAUUUUUGCAUCACUGGAAAGAAAUGGGACCAACGUAGAAAAGAAUAAAAAUGAAUCCUGGAUUGAUAGAGAUACUCCCCAGCAAAUGGAAGAUGACUCAUGUAAAAAUUUUGAAUGUGAAGACAUCACAACACAGGCUGCGAAAAAAGAUUCUUUUCAAGAUAUACAGCCAGAUGAGCCCAAGGUUCUUAAUGAAUGUCUGAGCAUUCAAGAGGAUAAGAAAGCACCUAUACUCAAACAAGCCCCAAUUUUAAGGCCUCGAUUUCAGAAACCAAAGCCAAACAUAGGAAGAGGAACGAAAAGAAGAGAAAUUUCCUCAAAGGAGGAGAUACCAGAGGAGAUUCUUGUCUCUGGAGAAAUGACAGCAGCUUUGAGAGAAACUAUAAGAUCAGACACCUCCCCAACGGAAAUGGGACUAGUGGAGAUUAAUACUGCUAAGAAAAUGGAGUCAGAUUUAAAAGAAACUGGAAGAAGAGACGUUUCUUCCAGGGAGAAGAUAUCAGAAGUGAUAGAUGUCAUCAUGGAAAUGGAGACAGGUUUGAAAGUAACUGGAAGAGAGAUUUCCAUAAGGGAGAGGAUACCAGAGGUGAUUGAUGCCACUGAAGAAAUAGAUACAGCUUUGGAAGAAACUGGAAGAAGAGAAAUAUUCCCACAAGAAAAUGGCCCCAAGGAGGCCAAACCUGAAUGUGAAACGGAGACAGGUUUGAAAGAAACUGGAAGAGAGAUGCCCACAAGAGAGAUGAUACCAGAGAUGAUUGACGUCACUGAAGAAAGAGAGACAAAUUUGGAAGAAACUGAAAGAAGAGAAAUAACUGCAUGGGUAAAGGCCCCAGAGGAGAUCAAAACGAUAGGUAAAAUGGAAGCAGAUUUGAAAGAAAUUGGAGGAGAAAUUUCCCAAAGGGAAGAGGUAAUAGUGGAGGUCAGUGCCGUAGGGAACAGGGAAAUUGAUUUGAAGGAAACUGGAAAAAGAGACGUUUCCAUGAUGGAGAUGCCAUCAGGAAGUAUGACUGCCAUUGAAGAAAUGGAGGCAGAUUUGGAAGAAACUGGAAGAGAAAUUUCCUUGAGGGAGAGAGGAUCUGAAGAGAUCUGUGUUAAUAAGGAAAUGGUGGCAGAUUUGGAAAAAAAUGAAAAAAUAGAUAUUUCUCCAGGAGAAAAUGAACGAGAAGAAACUGGUAUCUCAAGACAAACUGAGAGAAAUUUAAUGCCGAGUGGAAGUGGUGACUGCACCCCUACACCUUCACUAGAUAUAAAAAAUAUUAGCAGUGAAGUACUGUCGGUGAUGCAUAUAUCUGUAGAAGAAAAAAGAAAUUCUGAAAAGGAAGUACCAAGUCACUUCAAGACUUCUUCACAGACUUCUGAAUUUGGUAAAACAGAAGACCUGGGAACUCGACUUCCAGAUGUCCCAGAGCAGUUUUCAGAUGUUAAUUUAAGCAAAUCUCUUCCUCAAGAACAGAAGCCACUUGAAGUUAAACCAUCACCUUUUAUGAGAAGUCGAUUUAAAAGACCAAGACCAAACUUAGCAAGAGCAGCUUUAAAGAGGGAGACUACCGAAGCAGAAAAAUACGUAUCUGGGAAGAAAUCAGAAACUGAUACAAUGGAGACUGUAGUGAUACAACAGAACAGUGAAAAAGCUGAUACUCUCCCUUCUCAACAUGAUGAUCCUUCCCUAAUGACAUCAAGACAAAAAGACAAACUAGGUCACAAGGAGGAGGAGGCUGUGAUAUUAUCAUGUACACAGACAGAAAAGGGUCCAUCUUCAAAUCCUUAUGAACCUGAAGAGGAGCCUCAGUCAACACGACCCAAGAAAAAUGAUUUAGUUGUUUCUAUGGGGACUCAUAAUAUAAGUAUUUUCCAACAAGAACUGAAGGAAAGCGUUAUCCAAAGUGCUCAACCAAUAAGGGGCCGACUUCAGAGACCCAGACCAAACGUUAGAAAGGCUGGACAGAGGCAAAUGGUAGGAAAAGGUGAAAUGAAAGGCAUAAUUAAGGAAGAAAGAACAAUAGUACAGAAAGAUGAAAUUAAAAACAAAGUCUUGACUAUGCCAAAUUCUCAAAUUGGAACUGAGAUUGAAGUUAUCUCUUCUAAAGUUUCAGAGUGUGGAAUGUAUGAAAAUCAAAGUCAUGUGGUUCUUGUUGAAAACCUUCAUGAUAACAAAAUAAAUGUUUUAGAUGAAAACACGAGGCAUGAAAAUAAACCAUAUGUUCCCAGUCAAGCACAAAUGAUAAGAAGGAAAUUCCAAAAGGCUAAGCCAAAUUUGGGAAGAGCACAUGGUAAGAAAGAGGAUCCAGAUGUAGAAAAAGGCACAGCAGAUCAGAGUGAAGCAAGCAAGCCAGAAGAUAAUUUACUGCAGCAAGGAGAUUCUGACACCCAGCUCCUUCUAAAAGAAAAGGCUGAAUUUCUGACAUCUCUGGAGGUUUCAGCAAGAAAAGAUUGCAUAGGUUUCAAAGAGUCUGAUUUGGCCCAGAAAUGUACUGAAUUAGAAGUUGGACCGUUGGGAAGGAUUGGAGAGGAAAUUGUAGGAGAUAAUUCUAUGUCUUCAAUCACUGAAGAGCAGUAUCCCGGUAAAAUAACAAGGGGUCCACAACUAUUAAAAGAAUCAAAUUCCUCCAAAAUUGCUCCUGAUCGAAGAUCUAUCUCUUUGGCAUCUGAGUGUGAGAUAGAUCAUAGUGAAAGGAGAAUGCAUAGAAAGAUUAAACCAAAUGUCACCAAAGGGCGUGGAUCAAAACGUAUUCGGGGUAAGACCUCUAAGAAGGAACCUAGGGCUUCUAAGGCCAUGCUGGUGACUCUUCGGGCUUCCCAGGAAGAAGAUGAUGAUGCUGAGGAUUUUGAGUCUGACUAUGAAGAAGAAAGCUAUCAUCUUGCUCCAGAAGAAGUAAACAAAGCUCCAGUGUUUGUACCUAUUGGUCUCAGAUCUCCUGAACCUGUUUCUGCUCAGAUUGAGGAAACAAUGGAAGAGCUUGAAAUAACUGUAAAUGUCCCAGAUAUAGGAUGCAUAGCUGUUGUUCAGCAUCAGCUCUCAAACACAGAUGUAACUACUCAGGAAAUGAAACAGAAGAAUUCUCUUUUCUUCCUUUAGGAAAUGACCACAGGUGAACAUACUCAAGAGGAGGCAGGUACCAAUGAUGGAAGCACUGAAGCUGCCAUAACUUUACUUACUAUGGGAGAUCUAGUAUUGCAGUCAGAGAUCACUCCUGAACAGGGUGAUGUAGGAAUAUGUGUACUUCCUCAUGCUCAUUCGAAGGAUAAAAGCCAUAUUCCUUUCAGCCCAGAUAAUGUAAAUCAUGAAAUUGUUCACGAAUGUCAGGAGCUUUCUUCACCUGUUGUUAGUACAUUUCCUGCAUCAUUUGAAGAAAACAAGAUUAUAUUGGAGGAACAAAUUACUAGAGAAGAAAGUGGUUUAAUGGAGGGAGUAAAGGAGAAUACUACAUCAACCAGGAGUAAAGCUUCUAACGUAACCAACAAUUUGAAAAUGAGAAGUAGAUUUGCUAAGCCUAAACCAAAUCUUGAGAAGAUUUUAGGGACCAACAGCUUUGAUAUUCAUCAGGAAGUUCCCAGUUUGUGUGCAACCAAAGAGGAAGAAGUAGACACUCAAAGAGAAACUGAGAAAAAUGCUUCUGAAGCAACAGAAUUGGAAGAUAAAAACCUUGGACCAGUUACAACAGCAGAGAGUAAGGAGCAGAGCAAAUUGGCAUGUAUGCAUGGUAUCAAAGGGACCAGUAUUUCUCAAGAAGUAAACCUAACUGAAAGAAAUGAAGAUCAAGAAGAAAGAUCUCAAGAGGUUCAGGUAUUGUCAGUUGCUCCGGUUGUUUCCUCUGAGAUAAGGCCUCACAUACUUGGUUUGGAUGUGGUUCUUGGUGAGAGUUCUGUUGAAGAGCCUCUGAGAAAGGACUCUAAAGGAGACAGUGUAUCAGAGUGCAUACCAACUAGUAUUCCAGAAGUCCAAGAAGAGAAUGUAAUCAAUCCUCAAGACCUAACAGUGAAUCUAGUUGCUAAUGUACAUCAAGAAGGAGAGGAUGAACAAGCAUUCAUUUUAACUCUGGUGGAAAUACCAACUAAUGCAGUAGAAGAAUUUACAGAUGCCACUGCACAGUUAAUGCCAAACCCUUUACUGCCAGCACCCAUAUUGGUCAAAUCAGUGAAUACCGAAGAAAGGGGUGACAUGAGUAUUUGUUUACCAGUAACUUCAGUUGGUCAAGAUGCCAUGGUUUUAUCUAAUUCUGGAAAAGAUGGUUCUGAAAAGCCUCCUGCUAAUUUGGAUCUUACAUCCAAGAAGAGAUUUCAUUGCAGUCUUGAAAGUGAUGAUGUUCCUCCUGCCAAAAAAACUUCACUCACUUCAAAAGAUGAUUGUCAAGAAUAUACCUCUGAGGUGUGUUCAAAGGAAUUAACAAGUGUUUUUGAGGAAACAGGGGAGUCUUACAAGGGACAAAGUCUUUUUUCUACCUCAGGAAGCACACAUACAACUUCAGAACCUCAAAAAGCACAAGUUGAACCAACUUUUCAGAGUAUAGGAUCAAGAUCUCUUGAUAAAAUAAUAGAUACACAUACAGAAAAGAAUAUGCCUCAUUUACCUCAGGAUGAGAUGAUUAUGUCUGAUAAGGAGGAAAGAACUGAUGCUGCUUCUAAGUCUGAGCAAAUGGAAAACAGAGUAUCAUCUUCAAAAACCCCACUAUCCAGACCUGGCAGAAGACCCUUGGGAUUUUUGUCUUUAAUUUGUUCAAAGAAUAGUUUGGAGUCUGAUGAACCUACUCAGGUCCAUAAUAAGAAGCGCCUAAAACCUCUUAUACCUGUGUCAAGACAGAAUUUGAAAAGAUCCAAUCCAGUCAGUGAAAGCCAGAAAAAAAAUCAAGAGUCCUCUGAUCUGCUUCCAUCUCCAAGUGUUGUUAAUAAUCAUUCUGAAAAUAUUGGCUGUUCAACAACACAGCCUUCACUGAAAGAAGGACGUAAAAGUGGCCAAAACCGGGCACCCGAAGAAGAGCCAACCACAGUCUCUGAAUAUUUCUUCAGUGAUAUCUUCAUUGAAGUGGAUGAAACAGAAUAAAAGAGUCUCUUACUUUUUCUUUUCUUUCUUUCUUUCUUUUUUUGAAGCCUGGAAUUUCCAGAGUCAAUUACAAAAACAAAGCAGUAUUUAGAGAAAAGCAUCACUGUCUGUUUUUUUUUUCAGGUUGAUUUUGAGUAUAUAAUGAGCUUGAUUUGAAGCUUUUAUAAUCAGUGGAAAACAUUUCUGAGGUUCCUUUCAUUCUGAUGAUUCAGCAUUUUGGAAAUUCCAAGCAAUUAAGACUGCUUUCUCAGAAAUAGCAACUCUUGUUUACAUUUUGACUCUUCCUGUGCUGAGCACACAUGGACAUUCAGGAAUGUUGUGGAUAAAUUUUGCUGUAUCAAUCAUAGUGCCGAUGUAUUUGGAGGUUGAUUGUAUUGUAUUUAACAUUUAGGAAUUUCAUUUGUGAAGGUGUUUUGUUUUGUUUUGUUUUUUGGGGGGGAUGAUGAAGACCUUUUCAGUUGCCUCUAAGUACAGUCAUGUGCCACAUAAUGUUUCAGUUGACGGAGAGACCACAUAUAUGAAGGUGGUCCCAUAAGAUUAUAAUUGGAUUGGAUUAUAAUGGAUAUAAUUGCCCAGUGACAUUGAAGCCAUUGUAACACAACAUAUUUGCCUUUUCUGUGUUUAGAUACAUAAAUAUUUACUGUGUUACAGUUGCCUACAGUUCAAUACAGCAACGUGUUGAACAGGUUCGUAGCCUAGGAGCAAUAGGCUAUGUCAUGUAGCCUAGGUAUGUAGUAGGCUAUACCAUCUAGGUUUAUGUAAGUACACUAUGUGAUGUUCUUACGACAUGAAAUGCCCUAAGAACUCAUUUCACAGAACAUAUCAUUAAAUGACAUAUGACUGUAUAUGAAAACAAAGCGUCAAAUUCUACUUUAGUAUGGUAAAUGUUAAAAAACUUUUUAUCCGCUGGUUGGCUGACUGGAGAAUAUUUAUUUUUCUAAUUCAUGGUGAUGUAACAUUAGCCCUAAUUGAAGAACUAGUAUUUAACCUUAUUAUUUAUAAAGAUGAGACAUCAAAGAGCUUAUUUAUAUUUAAAAUUUUUAUUUAAAAGGAUAUUCAGUUUUAGUUAUUUUGACCCCUCAGAUUGUGGGUAAAGAAGGCAUUAACAAAUUUAUGUUUGUCUCCUUUCCCUCUUCAAUUUUAAAGAUAUUUAAAAUGAUAUAACUAAAAAUGCUUGGACAGUUCAUGUUUUGAAAACAUUUUUUUCUCAUUGUUUAGUAUAUUGACUUUGUACUGUGAAUUGUUUUGUUUUUCUUAUUUCUUAGAUAAUCUCAGGAUUUUCAUGGGGGGAAUACUCUUUACUUCAUUUAUGAGGCAAAUUUCCAUACAAAACUCAAUCUUCUUUCUGUAUAUGCACACACACAUUCCUUUUUAAAAAGCUAAUUUCUUAAUAAUUUUUUUCCCAUUAAAUUCUGCUAAGGAACACUUAGUCAUUUAAGCACAGAGCAUAAUUCUGAUGUUCAAAACAAAAAGUGAGACUUUAUAAAGUCAGUGAUUAUUAACAAUAGGAAUUUAAGUUUUGUUUUUAAUUUCAAGAUUUGAUAAUUUGCAUAUGUACUUCUAUCUACCCAAGCAAAAUCUUUUAUAGUUCAAAUUAAACUUCUCAAAGAGCAUAUUUAUUCUGAUUUUAUUUGAAAAGCCUCCUGUGUUGAUAAUACAUUAGUUCAGAGGUUGGAAACUUUUUCUGCAAGUUUGAGUUUGCAGGCCAGAGGGUCUCUGUGGCACCUACUCAACUCUGCCACUUUUGUGUGAAAGCAGCCACAGUCAGUACUUGAAAGAAGGACAGUGGCUGGAUUGGUCCCUACAUUAGACAGCAAUUUUCUUAACUUAAGGUGCUGAUGUCUGUAUGUAUGAAUUGUCAUUGAAGUUAUGAGUUGUGCCUAAAAGUUAAAACUGUGUUUAUAGCAUUAUGUAAUGAUCAGUAUUGCAAUUGAGAAAAUAUUUUAAAGUCUAGUUAAUUGUAUUUGUAUAUUGAAAACAUGGUGGCAAGUUUUCAAGUUCCUUAGUAAACAAGUUUAACAGUAAUGCUAAUUUAUUGAAACUACUGCUAUUAGAGCACUUACUCAUUGCCUUUUAGUGAAAUUUACAACUUAACUUUUUGUCAUAAAGGAGGAUCUAUCUGAAGUACUAUCUUGGGUAGAUAACAAAUAGAAAAAAAAUUUUAAAAGAGAAUCUAAAAUUCUGAGUGGAAAUUCUCUGAAGUAGGCAUUUAUUUAUUUUAUAUGAUUAACAUCACAAAAAUCAUGGUAGUAAGUCACAUUGCUGUUUUAAUACCCUGUUUUUGUAAAUUUUUAAAAUUUUCAUUCUGAAAAAGUUUCUUUCUCUUAAUUAGUAUUAGUUUGGGUGUUAGAUUGCCAUGACUAAACUAUUAUUUAUCCCUGUGUAAUAUUUAUUUUUUAACUUUGUUAACAUCUGUCUCUUUUUCAUCUAUAAUAAAUUAAUUUUAUGGAAGAUGUAAUUUUUUUACUGUAUAAAGAAUACAGGGGCAUUCAUUAUAUUAGAGAAUCAAGUCAGCUGGCUAAAUUAUCUUACUGUUAUAUCCUUAAAACUAAUCUUGGAAAAAGAAAUUUAAUCAGUGUAUUUACCUUAUAAGGUGGAAUGACCUAUGUUAAGUCUGAUUCAUGUAAAGAAUAUGUUACAAAGGAUUUAUUUAUAAACCUUAAAGGAGAUAUGAUUAAAAAUUUUUAUCUUUUCUUGACUUUUCCUCCUGAACACUUACAUCUUAGCAAGUGAUCAACAUGUUGGUUUAAAAGCCUAAUUGUUGGUAAAUGAUUGAGGCACAGAUAAAAAUAUUAAUAUCCACUGUUUACCAUCAUGUUAUUUGAAAUGGAAGUGACCAUGUAUACUAUCUUGCUUGAAGAAGUCUUUGACAAAAAAAAGCAAUAUCUGUUAUUUGUAAAUUUUCUUGUUCUAAAGAAAGCAGUUAUGUUCUAUAUAUAAAUUAUGUAAAUAAAAGUUAUUUUAUACCAUU